AUGAAUAAGCAAUCUUGGUGUGCUAUAGUCGCUGGCUUGGCGGGCUCCUACCACACGCACGCGGAUUCCACUCCUGCAUCUCUGUGUCCUCCUGUGGUCCUUGUCUGUGUCCUGAACCUCUCCCCUGACCCACUGAGCCUCCUCUCCCCACACGCACGCCCCCCAAACCAUGCGCGCACGUGGGACCGCUCACGCACAGACAUAGAAGGACCACUGCUUGUUUGUUUGGCUAUGGGCAAUUCUGUAAAGUCGCUUAAAGUUUCCAGCAAGAAGGAGCAGAAGAAGCGGUACAAGGCAGUGGCUGAGGAGGGGGGAACAGGAGGGGCCCUCGCUCAGAACGGAGCCACGAUGCACACCGUGUUGGGGCCCGCCUGCAUCUUUCUGAGGAAGGGGUUUGCUGAGAACAGACAGGCUGUACGUCCAGAAGUGGGAGACGUCGGCCCCAAAGAUCACGACAUCAGAAAGAUCCUGUCACAGCUGAACCAGGAGCUGCAGGAGAUGGAAGAGAUGUUUGAGGACAACAUCAUUCACAGACAGACGGACCUCCAACCACCCACCUGGUCCAGCAACGAGGUCCAGACUCAGGCCUGGUCCAGCAGCGAGGUCCAGACUCAGGCCUGGUCCAGCAGCGAGGUCCAGACUCAGGCCUGGUCCAGCAGCAAGGUCCAGACACAGGCCUGGUCCAGCAGCGAGGUCCAGACACAGACUCAGGCCUGGUCCAACAGCGAGGUCCAGACUCAGGCCUUGUCCACCUGUGAGGUCCAGACACAGACUCAGGCCUGGUCCACCUGCGAGGUCCAGACACAGACUCAGGCCUGGUCCAACUGCGAGGUCCAGACACAGACUCAGGCCUGGUCCAACUGCGAGGUCCAGACACAGACUCAUGCCUGGUCCAGCACCGAGGUCCAGACUCAGACAGUGGACCUGCCAUACUCCGAAACCUGGUAUGAGGAAUUUGAGAUUGCGGUGAGGUGUAUGCAAGUCAAAGAGGCAGAGUUGGAGCUAGCAAGAGAAAAGUUAGCAAAGAAGGAGAAUCAGGAGGUUUGUGAGAAACUGAUGCAGCUGCAAACUUUGAACCUCAGUCUGGAGAAAGAUCUGGAACAAGCCAACGACAACUCACGUAAACACGAGUCUGAACAUCAGGAGGCUUGUGAGAAGUUGAAAGAGCUGCAACUCUCACACGAGAAAGAGCUUCAAGAAAACUUUGAGGAGCUCAGUGAGAAUGAGAAACAAAGCCAGAAGAUCGAGACGCUGGAACGCCAACUUCAGGAGUUCGAAGAGUUGAGAGAGGAGUUGUCUUGGUCUGUUCGGCAGAAUCAAAAUCUGGAGAAAGAGCUGCAACUUUUACAGAUGAAUGUGGAAACGCAGUGUGAAGCCCAGGGUUCAGUUGGCACAAAAACACAGAGUUCAGCUGAGAAGAAGAUGGAGAUGCUUGAACGCCAACUGAAGGAAUUCGAGGGCGUAAAAGAGGAGUAUAUUUGGUGUGUGGAGCAGAAUAUGAGUCUUGAGAAAGAUCUGGAACAAGCCAAAGAAACCUCACGGAAACAUGAGGCCGAACAUAAGGAGGCUUGUGAGAAAUUGAUGGAACUAAAACUGUCACAGACGGAAGCGUUCGACGAUCACCUCGAGGAGUUGAGCGUUUUCAAGGAGGGCUUUAAACAACAGGUGGAAGCUCGCAGACGUUUGGAGCAACAAGUAAGCGAGGUCGCACCCCAGGAGAAGCCGUCGGUGUGUGAAACGCAGACGCAAACGGUGGCUAGCCCGGAGAUGCUAACCGAUCUAAAAGCCGUGAAGGUUGAGACCUCUACCUCAGAUGUACCAACGCAGAAUCUGGAUCAAGCGACAAGGGCCUUAUUUGAGAAACCACAGACCAGUGCAGAGGAGUCCAGACCUCAGAGUCACAAGGAUGACUGCACAGAGCUCAAGGGAAAUGUGAAAAAUCUAGCAGAAUUAUUUGAGAGUAAACUUGAGCAGGACACGCAGAAGCAGGGGCCCGAGCUGCAGAGGAACCGGGUCAAGGGGAAGAGCGACCGAGAGCUCAGACCAGAGGAGAUGGAUGAGCUGCGCGAGGCCUUUAAAGAGUUCGAUAAAGACAAAGACGGAUUUAUCGGCUGCAAAGACCUCGGGAACUGUAUGAGGACCAUGGGCUACAUGCCCACAGAGAUGGAACUGAUAGAACUGAGUCAGCAGAUCAACAUGAACCUGGGAGGACAUGUGGACUUUGAAGACUUCAACUGA